AAAUGUACCAUGAGUUUACAUUGAAACGUUGCUGGCUAUAGAUCGUUUUAUUUUUUUUUCUUGCGAAUGUAUGGUUGAAAAAAUGUGGCCUUUUCAAGAUACAGAUUAUUUUUUAAUAUUUAAUAUAAUUUCGAAAAUAAUGCUUUUUUCGAUAAACGAUGACGACACGGAUUUGUCUGAAUCAAAUAUGAUUAAGGAACAUACUUUUUCGCCUUAUCAAAUAGAUUUAGUAAACGCUUUAACAGUUGAUAUGUUUCCAAAUGAAUUUAAUUUUGGUGUUUCUACGUCGGCCUAUCAAACGGAGGGUGCUUGGAAUAUAGACGGCAAAGGAGAAUCCAUAUGGGAUCAUAUGACACAUUUACCUAAUCAAAAUUUUAUUUAUAAUCGAAGUAACGCCGACGUUGCUGCUGAUUCUUAUCAUCAUUACAAAAAUGAUAUAAAACUUGCUAAAGAUAUAGGCAGUAAAAUGUAUAAAAUUUCAAUAUCUUGGCCAAGGAUUUUGCCGAACGGUUUACACAGUCCUGUAAAUUUAAAUGGCAUUCGACAUUACGAAAGUGUCAUCAAUGAAAUCAUCGCGAAUGGAAUGACACCAAUGGUGACUUUGUUUCAUUGGGAUUUACCUUAUACAUUGCAACAAAUUGGUGGAUUGUCAAAUCCAUUAAUCAUAGAUUUUCUCGUUCAAUACGCUAUGAUUGCUUUUGAUUCGUUUGGCGACAAAGUGAAAUAUUGGGUAACGAUAAACGAACCAUCCGUCUUAUGUCAAUACGGAUAUGGCAGCGAUCUUAUGAUACCUGGAUUAAAUCUAUCUGGAAGAGCUGAUUAUAUUUGUGGUCAUAAUCUAUUAUUAGCUCAUGGAGAAAUUUACGAUAUUUAUCAAAAUAAAUAUCAGAAUAAACAAAACGGUAAAGUAGGUAUCGUUCUCAAUUUAAAAUGGUUCCUACCAAAGGAUCCUAAAUCAAUUGAUGAUAAUUUAGCUGCAGAAAGAGCUUUUCAAUGGUGGAACGGAUGGUUCCUUAAUCCAUUAUUUAGCGAAAAGGGUGAUUAUCCAGAAUUAAUGAAGAAAAUGAUCAGCGAUAAUAACGUCUCGAGAUAUUUAUAUUCGCGUUUGCCCAAUUUCGAAUUUUAUGAAAUUCAGCAGGUCCAAAACUCGGCUGAUUUUCUUGGCAUUAGUUUCGGCAGAAAUACUUUAGUACGUGGCAACCAGCCAAAUUCCAAUGAGAUAUCCUUUCAAAAUGAUGCUCAAAUAACAGAGAUACCUAUGCAAAAGGAAGAUUCUGUUAAAAUUGAUCCGUCGACACUCGCGAAAAUUUUGAAUCGCAUAGAUAAUAACUAUCAAUUACCACCAAUCAUUAUAACCGAAAUUGGAUAUAUGGACGAUGGAAAUGCCAAGGAUAUAGCUAGAUCUAAUUAUCAUCAUGAUCAUUUAUCUGUAGUUUUAAAAGCUAUGAAAGAUGGUAUCGACAUUCGUGGCUAUCUAAUUCGUUCUUUCAUUGACAGUUUCGAAUGGAUGAUGGGUUAUACUGUUAAAUCCGGUAUAUUCAGCGUGGACUUUGCUGAUAAAAAUCGUACACGGCGACCUAGAUUAUCGGCAAUAGUUAUUAACGAUAUUUAUAAAAAGAAAUUUAUUCGAACAAUGAAUGAUAUAUAUGGUCGUGAAAUAAUAGAUUCUCAAGUGGUUCGGCAUACGUAAUGAUGAAUCAUCAUAAUUAAACGUACAAAAGUUAAUAUAAUGUAUGAGUAAAACGUUAUAAGAUAAGAAAGAAAAAUGAUUUA